UGAUUCGGACAUUUCCAUUGACGUAGAGACGGUCACACCCAUGCCAAUGCCUCUCUAUGACAAUCAGAAAGCCCGUAGUGUGAUGAACGAGUGUGAUCGUCACGUUCUGUUUGCUCGAACCAUCGCUGAUGGACCACUUCCUCCUGAUGAUUGGGAAGAACACAUCAACAAGGCUGGCUGGUCAUUGGCUCAGAACAAGCUCUUCAAUAAAGUAUUGAAAGCACUGCAGGCAGAAAGACUCAGCAGACUGGCCAAUGAGGGGGCCAGUAAUGAACCUGUCUUACGCAGAAUAGCUGUGGAUAAAUGUGCUCGUAAGGUCCGCCACGCUCUGGCCAGCAUCAACUGGGACAUAAAGCUGACUCAGUGGCUUCAUAGCACACUUGUGGAGUCUUUGAGUCUUGCUAUGCUGGCCGCUUACCUUGAUGUACUGCAGACACUCAAAAGCAAGGUACCAUCCCUGAUUGACAGGAUGUUGCUGUCAUCCUCUGUAAAAACAGGAGCGGCAGGAGCUGAGGCUCUUUCUCUGCUCCUUAAGCGGCCAUGGGACCCUGCUGUGGGUGUACUAUCACACAACAAACCAAGUAAACUUCCUGGAUCCCCCCUGAUCCUGAUAGCCCCUUCAGGACCAACAAAUCCCACCUUCUCUACCUCCCGACGAAUGAGAUUCUGGCAGUCUCAGCUCUCCUGUUUAGGGAAGGUCAUUCCCAUUAACGUUCAUGUGGGCAGUGGAGCCAACAUCGGAAUCACGCAGUGUGUAGAGCACAUGAUCGGCACAGUCAGAGGAAAAGUCAUUGAGGUUCACAGUCACUUCCCUCACAAGCCGAUCGUCUUGGUGGGCUGGAAUGUGGGGUCAUUGAUCUCUUGUCAUGUGUCCCUUAUGGAGUAUGUGACUGCUGUUGUGUGUUUGGGUUUCCCCCUCCAAACUGUCAAUGGGCCCCGAGGGGAUGUUGAUGAUCCGCUAUUGGACAUGAAGACUCCAGUGCUGUUUGUGGUCGGUCAGAACGCACUUCAGUGCAGUCCUGAGAACAUGGAGGAGUUCAGGGAGAAGAUUCAGGCUGAUAACAGCAUGGUAGUUGUUGGAGGGUCAGACGACAACUUGAGGAUCAACUCCACUAAGAUGAAGACGGAAGGCCUGACCCAGACCAUGGUGGAUCGCUGCAUUCAAGAUGAGAUAGUUGAUUUUCUGACAGGAGUUUUGACCCGUACUGAGAGCCAUGGCCAUGGCUCCGGUGAGACUCGAGAUUUGGAUGCAGAGAAGAAGAAGAAACCUCGUCGUGAGCUGCCCUUUGACCUUGAGAGGUCACGACCCUCUUCACCUGCUGUGAGGGUAUCCAUCUCCCCAUCUGGAUCUGAGGAUAUGUCCAGUGUCUGCAGCAGUCCUACAGCCAGUCCCAAACCCAAGAUGGUCGGACUUUCUCCAGCUCAGAAAUCCAGUCUCAUUACUGCCACACAGCUGCUGAAGACCCACAUGCAGCGCUCAGGAACUGUGCUCACACACAAACAAGCGCAAGCUCAGUUCGCUGCUUUUAUGAAACAUAAUAUGCUGGUGAGGAAAAGCAUUCCUCCUGGCAGCCCUUCAUGUCUCUUUGUGCCGGUGCCCAGUGAGCAGGUGGAGGGUUUGGACCGAGACGACCUGAGGCUCCACCUCAAGAGAAGACAGACGCCCAGUCCCACUCCCACCAAAGCCUCCAAAAGAGCCAAGAUCAAAGUCACCAUCGUCUCCCACGGAGAAGCGGUGGGAAAUACGGCUGGCUCAACUUCUCAGGAAGUGGGUUUGUCAGGAAAGCCCCUCGGACUGACAGUGGGCCAAACGGUAUCGGGGGCAAAAGAGCUGUCUGAGCUUCUCAGUGCACAAAGGUACCUUUAUCUUUUCACCCCAGGUCUUUAG